AUGGAACACGCAAACAGUGAAUGGUGGACACUCGAUGCCGGCUUCGCUGCGGUACUUUACGCCUUUGUCACCACAGCACCGCUGAGGUUUUCCUGGAUUUGGAUCGUUCGCCAACUGGACGUCUGGCUCGGUAUGGGUCACGAACUAGGACAACCGUUUGCACGGAACUUUGCGCUAUUUAGAAUUCCUGUAGUUAAGGGCCAUUCAACAAAUGUGUCCGAAUUGGCUGUUGAGGCUGAAAGGGAGGGGAUAUGA